AUGGUCUACUCACUGUCCUAUCGCCGUCCUGAGCGUGUGCCUCGUCCUGGCACUGCCUCGACCAACUCGAGUGAACAUCAGCGAAGGUCGAUCCAUGAAUCAGUCAAGUCUGGCAGCAGCGGCAUGUCCAACGGUAUUCCCGAGGCCUUGUCCUUUGACACCAUCAUCGCAGGCGGUGCUUGCCCUCCCUGCACGGUCCGUGACUUUAUGAACUUCCUCAAAUACAUUGAGCUGUCGGCAGAGAAUCUGCAAUUCUUCCUUUGGUACCGCGACUACGUCAAGCGCUUCAAUGCGCUACCAGAAAGCGAGAGGGUUCUGUCUCCCGAGUGGACUGGCGAAAAGAACUCUGACGCCAAAAACGUCCCAGCAAACUUCAAUGCCGACGCUGCAGCCAUCUUGAAAGGAACCGACUUCGCCAACGAGGGCAAGGUCGCUGAAUCGGAGAAGGGCAGCAACAACCCCUUCUUCACCCCACCUCGUACACCUACCAGUGUCGAGCCUGCUGGGCGCGAGUAUUCUCUUGACUCGUACGAUGAGAGCAUGACCACCGGCAAAGUUGAUCACACUCAACGUGCUGCUGGUGCGUUUGACAACGCAGGACUAAAGUGGAAACCACUAUCUGUCCAGCCCUACCGAGAAGAGAUCAAUCGCAUAAUCUCCAUCUACAUUGCCGACAAUGGUUCGCGCCAACUAAACCUCUCAUCAAAAGAGCGCACAGCACUGUUGCAUGCUCUGCAGAACACGACACACCCGUCCGCAUUCAGUGACAUCAUCACUACUGUCGAGUGGUCGCUCCGUUGCCAGGCGCACCCUAACUUCAUCCGCUGGACUAUUUGCAAUGGCAACCGUCCUCGUGUCAUCUUCGCUCGCGGCCUUGGUAUCUUCGGUAUCGUGGCCGGCUUGAUAGUCGCGAUCAUCCUUACUCUUAGCAGUGCCGGUCGUGCAUGGCGCGUCAUCUCUCUCAUCGGAUUCUUCAUCGGUAGCUCAACAUUGAUCGCAGCAUGGAAGGGCAUGUGUGUGGUCUUGCACGGCAUGCAUCACCGACAUUUGCGUCCAUGGGAGCUUUUUGCAUCUGAUGACGAGCCGCAAAGCUAUGACAUCAAGUCCGACUCUUUCCAGAGCAUCGACUCACAUGCAUCAAGCAAUUCCUGGGAAGACGAGCCAUGGGUCGCCAGAUAUGAGAAGCGCAAUGUUAUCCGAAAGGUGUUUGACCGCGAAGUCUGGGUUCAAGAACCUGCUCUCCGCCAAAUCCAAGACACCAUCUUCAUCCAGGCCAUCAUCGGUGCUCUCAUCAUCUCCGCCGUGGCCGUCGGCAUAUUCUGCGCCAUCCCCAAGGGCAACUACUUCUAA